AUACAUUAGUUGGCAGAAAGUCACACGUUGUACCGGUUGCAUAACUUACCGACCAAAUGAUUCCCGUGGAAUGAUCCAUCAUCAAAAUGUCCGUGUGUUUAAGACGCAUGACACUCGCUUCCUCGGCAAUCACGCCCCAAACAUCCGUAAUCCAUAAAUAGUCCAGUGGCCGGAGGGUACGAGCUUCAUUGGAGAGCCAAACAGUGCGACAGCCGCACCAUGACUUUGACAACGAGACUACUAAUCACCGUGACCAUGGCAACUAUAGCCCUUGCCCAGCAAAGGUACGAAAGCACCUACGACGAUCUCGACGUGGGGACUAUCCUCGGCAACUCGGAUCUCCGUGAGAGCUACUACGCCUGCUUCAUGGACACCGCGCCCUGCCCCACCGAUGCCGCCGUCUUCUUCAAAAGUAAGGCCCCCGAGGCGUUCGUUGCCUCCUGCAAGUAUUGCACGGACAAGCAGCUGAUCAUGUUCGAAAAGAUCAUCAGCUGGUACGUGAACAACAGCCCCGACCAGUGGAACAGUUUGGUCGAAAAGACCAUUCAAGACGCGAAAAGCCAAGGACUCCAGUUCCGAUGACGAGAAAACACCCGAAGCUUUCGACACUCUGAUAUAUCGUCAAAUUGUAAAAUUUCGUUUUUUAAAAGCAUCUUCCAACUUGUGUAAUGUACGAUAUGGGGUUGCGUGGGUGAAAUAAAUGAAAAAUGUCGACAAAAAUAA